AUCUCCAAAAUCAAGAUUUGGAAAAGGAACUUCCUUGGUCUGUUCAAUCUCAUCAUCCAUAUGAUAGCCCACACGCGAAAGCAUUUUUGCUUUUGCAGGCCCAUCUUAUAGGGACCAAAUUGGCAAUAGCUGAUUAUGUUACAGACACAUUUUCGGUUUUAGAUCAAGCAAUUCGUAUUUUACAGUCAAUUAUUGAUAUCACUGUCGAAAAUAACAUGUUGACAACAUGUCUUCACACCAUGUCAUUAUUACAAUGCAUUAAGCAGUCGUGUUGGCCCGAGAAUUCAUCAUUGCUGAAUCUUCCUGGAAUUGAAGAUCAUAUGAUUAGUUCAAUUCUUCAUGAGGGAAAUGUAGUCGCAUGCCUAGGCGAAUUAUUGGACCUUUCAGGAGAGGAGUUGUUUAAAAUUUUCAAAAACGUUAACGGACUUUCCGAACCUGAUGUAGAAAAGAUUUGUAAAGUCGUCAACAAUAUUCCUCUGAUGGAUGUUAGUUUUCACAAAAUUAAUCAUGCUUUGACUCCAAAGGAGGAGAUCAAUUUUGUAGUUUCUUUGAAAAGAGUAAAGAAUUUUUCAGGGUAUGAUGGUAAAGUUUACGCUCCUAGAUUUCCAAAACCACAAUAUGAAUCAUGGUGGUUGGUAUUUGGAGAUAAAUCAAACGAUAGCAUAAUCGAAAUGAAAAGGAUUAACAUGCGUAAUGGACCUUUUGGAGAAUUUUCUAAUGAACAUACUUCCAAAUUGAAGUUGACUGCACCAGAGAGGGAAGGAAAAUAUCAAUAUACGAUAUUCCUUAUUAGUGAUGGCUACUUAGGAAUAGAUCAACAAUAUGACGUUGAAUUUCAUGUUAAAGAUGUUAAAGUCGUUAAAGAGAUGAACUGA